AGCGACGAACUGUCAAGCUUUUAAUUUUAAAAAUAAUGUAUUUGCUAUGUUUUUCCACAAUAUUAAUGAUUAAAAGGCUGGCCUAAACCUAAAUAUUCGUAACUUCACUGCGGAAAUGUUAGAUUAUAUGAAACUUAAUUUUGAACUUCAAGUUUUUGAAACAUAACCUCUCAUUUGUUUGUUAUGCCUGUGAUUAUGCCAUUAUGAAUUCCCAAGUUUGUGUUACUUGUCGCAAUGAGAAGGUGGUGAACCUGACGGAUAACCGGCUAGUGACGGAGAGCUGUGGGCAUGUCAAGUGUAUGGACUGCUUGCUGCACGAGAAGUCUGGAUGCAGCGCUUGUUUAGCGUCUAUUCAAGAGUGCACCGAACCUGACGACGAAGUGUGUGGAGAUGACAGCCCCGAACCCCCCGAGGUGCCUUUGGUAUACGAAAAGGAGAAGGAAAUCGCAUCGGAAGUUUAUAAUGAUUAUGAAAAAAAGAAAAAGCCGGAGACGUCUCAUAUUAGAAUAGAAACUGAUGCAAAUGGAAGAUGCUAUGUGUGUACUGUUUGUAAUAAGAGAUUCCAUGCCAGGAGCCAGGUUGCAUAUCAUGCUUAUUGCAAUGGACAGCGGAAACCGUUUCAAUGUCCGGAGUGUACCAAGAGCUUUGCCACGCACUCUCACUUCAAGUACCACAUGAGGGUUCAUCGGAAUGAGCGCACAUACGCCUGUGACGUUUGUGGGGACAGCUUCUUUCAGAUGUCCAAACUGCAGCGGCACAAGCUCAAGCAUUCAACAGAAGAGAAAAAGUUCGUAUGUGUGCAGUGCAGCAAAGGUUUCAAUAACCUGUCAUCGCUGCGCAAGCACGAGCUCACGCACAGCGAGGCGCGGCCCUACGCGUGCGCCAUCUGCGCGCGUCGCUUCCGUGACAGCUCCAACUACAGGAAGCACGUAGCUAAGCACGACGACAAGAAAUGCGGUUGUGGACGCGGCUGUGCGCUGUGCGCGGCACCGGUGCCGGAGCGGCGCGCGCACCAGUGCCCGCGCUGCCCGCGCGCCUUCCACUCGCGCAAGGACAUGCGCCGCCACCAGGCCGUGCACACCGGUCAGUGUCCUCCGUCCACAGACAGGUGCCGGAGCGGCGCGCGCACCAGUGCCCGCGCUGCCCGCGCGCCUUCCACUCGCGCAAGGACAUGCGCCGCCACCAGGCCGUGCACACCGGUCAGUGUCCUCCGUCCACAGACAGGUGCCGGAGCGGCGCGCGCACCAGUGCCCGCGCUGCCCGCGCGCCUUCCACUCGCGCAAGGACAUGCGCCGCCACCAGGCCGUGCACACCGGUCAGUGUCCUCCGUCCACAGACAGGUGCCGGAGCGGCGCGCGCACCAGUGCCCGCGCUGCCCGCGCGCCUUCCACUCGCGCAAGGACAUGCGCCGCCACCAGGCCGUGCACACCGGUCAGUGUCCUCCGUCCACAGACAGGUGCCGGAGCGGCGCGCGCACCAGUGCCCGCGCUGCCCGCGCGCCUUCCACUCGCGCAAGGACAUGCGCCGCCACCAGGCCGUGCACACCGGUCAGUGUCCUCCGUCCACAGACAGGUGCCGGAGCGGCGCGCGCACCAGUGCCCGCGCUGCCCGCGCGCCUUCCACUCGCGCAAGGACAUGCGCCGCCACCAGGCCGUGCACACCGGUCAGUGUCCUCCGUCCACAGACAGGUGCCGGAGCGGCGCGCGCACCAGUGCCCGCGCUGCCCGCGCGCCUUCCACUCGCGCAAGGACAUGCGCCGCCACCAGGCCGUGCACACCGGUCAGUGUCCUCCGUCCACAGACAGGUGCCGGACUGGUGCGCUGCCCGCGCGCCUUCCACUCGCGCAAGGACAUGCGCCGCCACCAGGCCGUGCACACCGGUCAGUGUCCUCCGUCCACAGACAGGUGCCGGAGCGGCGCGCGCACCAGUGCCCGCGCUGCCCGCGCGCCUUCCACUCGCGCAAGGACAUGCGCCGCCACCAGGCCGUGCACACCGGUCAGUGUCCUCCGUCCACAGACAGGUGCCGGACUGGUGCGCUGCCCGCGCGCCUUCCACUCGCGCAAGGACAUGCGCCGCCACCAGGCCGUGCACACCGGUCAGUGUCCUCCGUCCACAGACAGGUGCCGGAGCGGCGCGCGCACCAGUGCCCGCGCUGCCCGCGCGCCUUCCACUCGCGCAAGGACAUGCGCCGCCACCAGGCCGUGCACACCGGUCAGUGUCCUCCGUCCACAGACAGGUGCCGGACUGGUGCGCUGCCCGCGCGCCUUCCACUCGCGCAAGGACAUGCGCCGCCACCAGGCCGUGCACACCGGUCAGUGUCCUCCGUCCACAGACAGGUGCCGGAGCGGCGCGCGCACCAGUGCCCGCGCUGCCCGCGCGCCUUCCACUCGCGCAAGGACAUGCGCCGCCACCAGGCCACAGGUGCCGGACUGGUGCGCUGCCCGCGCGCCUUCCACUCGCGCAAGGACAUGCGCCGCCACCAGGCCGUGCACACCGGUCAGUGUCCUCCGUCCACAGACAGGUGCCGGAGCGGCGCGCGCACCAGUGCCCGCGCUGCCCGCGCGCCUUCCACUCGCGCAAGGACAUGCGCCGCCACCAGGCCGUGCACACCGGUCAGUGUCCUCCGUCCACAGACAGGUGCCGGAGCGGCGCGCGCACCAGUGCCCGCGCUGCCCGCGCGCCUUCCACUCGCGCAAGGACAUGCGCCGCCACCAGGCCGUGCACACCGGUCAGUGUCCUCCGUCCACAGACAGGUGCCGGAGCGGCGCGCGCACCAGUGCCCGCGCUGCCCGCGCGCCUUCCACUCGCGCAAGGACAUGCGCCGCCACCAGGCCGUGCACACCGAUUCAAAACCCUUCCGCUGCAAGGUAUGCAACAGGCGCUUCAGGCGUAAAGACAACUUAGAACGUCACAUUCGCAACACGCAUCCCGACCAAUCGCCCGCGACCGCCGUGGACUGUGACGUAGGAGCCCUGAAGCAACUCGCAGCCAACGGCCGCUCAGACCCUCCCCAAGACACUCCCGAUGCUCCCCCACAGAAUAACGACAAAUCCAUCCUCAAAAUCCUCAACCCCCUCCCCCCUCUUCCGCAAGAAGUCAUCCAAAAACACAUGAGCGUCGACAACACUCAAGAGAAAGACGUCAUCGACAAAUCGUACAUUCUAGAAGCGAACCACGCCCGGCAGAGCGUCAUAGUCGGCAAGUGCAGUUUUGACCGUAAACCGCCGAGCCCGCAAGGCAAUGAGUACGUGCACAAAAUCCGAAAAGCGAACUCUAUGGCCAGCCAGAAGAACAUUCCUCUUCCGCCAAUAGAUGAGAAGAAGAUUCUGGAGUUGGAACAGAAAACGAGCGCCAAUAACUUGGACGUGGGCGCUCUUCCGAAAGACAUGGAGCUGUACAAGAAGAUAUUGUAUGGGAAGUCGGAGCUGGACGGCGCUGCGUGCGAAGACGACACCAAGCUGAGCUCCAAAAUGCACUGGAGGCAGAAAAUGAAGCUAAAUAUUAACUGAUAUUACGGAACGGAAGGCUGAAAUGGGUGAUUAUGUAUUUGGAGCAGGUAUUUUGUACAAUUGGAAAAUCUACCAUUAUUUUUAUAUUUUUACUAUUGAGAGUUAUGUCGUGUAAUUUUCCAAAAUGUGGAGCGCGCAAUUUGGUAUGCGAUUUUUAGACAUUUUUAAGUCAUUAGUCAUUUAUAACUUUUAAUGUAAGUAAAUUACGUUUUAACUAUGAAAUUGGAUAUGAAAAUGAAAUGUUAACGAAUACCGAGUUAUGUAGACAUAACAAAAGAGGGAAAAUGGUUAAAAAUAGUCAAUAAGUGCGUCCAAGACGGUUAAUUGUAAGCUGUUUUCUUAUUCAUUUUACUUUAUUGAUGUUUAUUUACAUAGAAGAUUUAGAAACUUUAUGCGAUAUACUAUUUUUAAUAAAUAUCUUGGCACCAGCUCGAAUAACCAAAACGAUUCAAAUUGAUCUCAAAUGUUUCACGUUUUAACGGAUUUUACGCGUAAAAAUAACAAAACAAGUGCCGUAAUAAUAAUGUUUCCGAGUCUAUUUAUUGGAAAUUAAGUUUAUAAUUUUCAAGAAGACUUGCGCAGUCAAAGUAUUCGAAUACUUGGCAGUCUGUGACUGGGUAUAAACUUCGUUAUUUUGAACUACUUUACAAAUUAGUAUUCUGCUAAAAAAUUAAAGUUUUUAAAAUUGAUAGUUUCAUUGAAAUUUUAUUGGGUCUUGUUUUUGUUGAAUUGCUCUUUUUUGCCAAAAAGAAAUGUGAUAGCAUAACUUGUCCAACUUGAGGUUCGUAGGAACAUAAAAAUCCUUAGUAGUUAUUAUAAUUUUGACUGAAAACUUGAUCUCUACCAUACGUUGAUCUCAAGUAAUUAUUUAAGUACAUUGCGGCGCGACCCGCGCGCUAUAAGAUAAAAGUCAAUUUAUAUAGUAGUUUGCCAAUGCCAACAUUAUUCCAAACAAAAGUAUGAAUGAAUUUUUGAGAAAUUAAAUGCAAACGUAAUAAUAAUACAUUGUUAAUAAUAAGAUUAUGAAAAUAACCCUAAGUCUUACUUUGCCUCGUGCGAAAACAUUUGUAAAUAUACAUUUCAGAAGUUUAAUCAAAUAUAAACAAAUAAUGACUUAACGCACACAUAAAUGGGUGUAUGUAUUUUAACAUGUAGGAAGGAAUCGCUUUGUACCAUAAGCGUACGUGCAUAUUAAUUUAAUAAAUAUUAAAAUAAGAGAUUUUACAGUAUCCGUGUGCAUAGUCCGAGUUUUACUCACGAACGCUUUUUGAUCAAAAAAGUUACAGUUAAUAUUUAUACCGCUAGACGGCGCCACUCUAACUACUUUUUAAUAAAAUAAAAAUAAAUAAAAUAAAAGGUAUUUAAUUCAGGCAUAGCCCAUAAUAAAAUGUUCUUGCAUAUUUGAUUCACAAAAGUUAAGUGUUUUACGAAAAACACUGUUGUUUGAAGUUCUCAGGUAGGUACAGUAUUUAAGAUUUACGUAAUUGCAUUUUUCGUUCUUAUAACU